UUUGCGUGGGUAUUUUGUUGUAUAGUUCCACUGAUUUUCCGUAAUUUGUUUGAAUUUUGCAGUAAGCAUUCGUUACAUCAGUAUUUAAUAUUUUUGCAAGUCAUUAUCUCUUGUUGAAUCUCUUAGUUUUGGAGUUUGUGAAAAGUAAAUCUGAAGCCUAAAAAUGGAUGAUGACGCUAGUUCAGAUGUACGGAAAUGUAUUUCGGAGAGCGCAAUGGAUACAGACGAAGGCCCGCUGAUAAAUGAAAAUUCGAAUGGAUUGUCGCAUCUUUUAACGGAAGGAGAAUUUAACAGUGUCGACACUGGUGUUGUGGACGAAUCAUCAACAUCCAAUCAAGCAUUUCUCAAUGCGGUCGAGCUCUCAGCAGGAAGCGUUGGAGAUUAUUUGGAAAAUAACGCCACUGGUUUCAGUACAGGCAAUUUCGACGUCGGCGAUAACGCAGUAGAAUUUUCUAAUGAGUCAAGUAACGCUCUUACGGAUGGAGACUCGCGGUUAAGUGAACCAGUUUUUAAAGAAGUUAUUUCUGAUAUAGAAGAUAGUAAAGAUGGGAAAAUCGAAGAGAAUUCGGACAAAGUACAUGAUAAUGCUGCCCAAAUCACAAACAAUAUGAACGUGUCAGUUCAAUCUGAGAAUACAAAAUUAGAGGACUGCUCUAACAUUGAUUCCAAGCCGCGUAAAUUGAGCACAAAAAAUAAUGUUACUGAAGACAUAACUUGUGACAAAAACAAGGUAAGUGAGGCAAUACAUAAGGACUUUCCAGAAAAACAAAAUUCUGAUUUAAAACAAGAUUUAACUAACAGACUGAAGGAUGAUAUAAAAGUUGCAAAUGAUGCUAAAGCAGAGACUGGAGUUAAAACUGAUUUCAAUGUAGAGGGAAACAUUGGUGGGGCUGAAGAGACGGAAGUGGUAUCAGAGGAUGAAUUACCUGCCGUCCAAAAGCCAAGUGUAAAGGAUGCGGAAAAUGUGUCUGAUGAUGAACUACCAGGACCUAAGCCUGCUGAGCUGCCAGCAGAUACUGAGGUUGUAUCUGAAGAUGAAUUGCCAUCAUCUAAAAAAGAGUCGAAGGAAUCUCGGAAGAGGAAACCUGAUGAAGAGGCAGAUGGUUAUGAUCCAGGAUCACCUACAUCUGAAGGUGAAUCAUCUAAUAAGAAGCAGGCUGUUGCUAAGAAUGGUGAAAGUAAACCAAUACCUGCUGAGAAAAGAUCAUCCAUUGAUGAAAAACCUAAGAAGAAACCUCUUCCUGAGUUAGACAAGUAUUGGAAAGUUGUAAAUGAUGACCCCACUGACUUCACAGGGUGGACAUAUUUGUUACAAUAUGUAGAUCAAGAGAGUGAUGUGGAGGCAGCUCGUGAGGCAUACGAUGCUUUCCUCUCGCACUACCCCUACUGCUACGGCUACUGGAGGAAGUACGCCGACUACGAGAAACGUAAAGGAAGUAAAAAGAAGUGCCUCGAGGUUUUGGAAAGAGGUCUGAAAGCGAUACCAUUAUCUGUCGACCUUUGGAUACAUUACCUGAAUCAUAUAAAAGCGACUAGAAGUGAAGAUCUACCAUAUGUAAGAUCGCAGUAUGAAAGAGCUAUAGAGGCUUGUGGGUUAGAGUUUCGUUCAGAUAGGCUGUGGGAGUCGUAUAUAAAGUGGGAGGCGGAGAACGGCACCGCCCUCAACGUGACCGGCAUCUACGACAGACUGCUCGCCACACCCACACUUGGUUACACCUCACACUUCGACAAUUUCCAAGAGCAUGUGAUGUCGGAGCCUGUGAGUGGUGUGGUGUCGCGGGGCGAGCUGGUGCGACUGCGCGCUGAAGUACGCGAGGCGACUGGAGCUCAGCCGCAGCUCGACUUGCCUCCCGGCGAGGACGAGCCCCAGGAUCACAUUGCAUCAGAGGAGGAAGCUCAGGCAAUCAAGGAGCGCAUUAUCGCAGCUCGACGGAAAGUGCACAAGACUACAGGCGAGGAGGUCGCAGCGCGAUGGACCUUCGAAGAAGGGAUAAAGCGUCCUUACUUCCACGUGAAGCCGCUAGAGCGCUGUCAGCUGAAGAAUUGGAAGGCGUACCUGGAGUGGGAGAAGCAGCACGGCACCUUCAAGCGCGCGCUCGUGUUGCACGAGAGAUGUCUCAUUGCUUGUGCAUUGUACGAAGAGUUCUGGAUGAGGCUGGUAAAGUUCCUGGAGGAGCGCGCGGAGUCGGAGCCCGAGGUGGUGGUUCUGCAGCGCGAGGUGCUGGAGCGCGCGUGUGUUGUGCAUCAUCCAGACAAGCCGGAGCUGCAUCUGUACUGGGCUCACUUUGAAGAGGCGCACGGCCAGCCUGCGCGCGCUGCGGAAAUACUCGACCGCAUCGAGAAGACUUGCCCCACUCUAGUGCAGAUACAGUAUAGGCGAGUGAACUUGGAGCGUAGACGCGGCGACUACGAGAAGUGUUGCCAGCUAUACGAGUCGUACAUCGCGGCGGCGAAGAGCAAGGCGAUUGCGUCCGCGCUCAGCGUCAAAUACGUGCGUUUCCUGUUCCACGUGCGCCGCGACGCCGCCGCAGCUAAACGCGCCAUCGACGACGCCAUCGCCCGCGACCCGCUCAAUGUGCGCCUCCACAUGCAGCGGCUGGAUAUAGCGCUGCACACACCCGGCACACCAUAUGAUGUCUUGGAAGAGUUGGCGAUGUCGUACGAGCGCGAGGAAGGUGCGGAGCCGGAGUGUGCGGCGCUAAUGGCGUGUCGCCGCCGCGAGCUGGCCGAGGAGCUGGGCUCUGCGGCGGCCGCACGCGCCGCGCACCGACACUGGCGCAUGCUCAGCAAGCAUCUGCGCAAGCGCGCGCGCAAGGACAAACAUGAACACCCACCCCUACCUACUUCUACUGACCCGACAAAGAAAAAGGACGGCAGUACGACUGCGGUCGGCAGCGCCACCACGACUAACGCCAACAGCGGGUACUACCAGACGCCGACCGCCACCGCGCAGUCCUACGACCAGUCGUACGCGCAGCCCUAUCAGCCACCCUGGGGAUACCAGCAGCCUCCGGGGCCUUACCAGCAUCACCCCCACCCCUGGCCGCAGUACCCCAACUACUACUGAGAUACAACCCCCACCACACGACUUGACCCAUCUUGAACGUUCGCUUUAGUGAUACAGUAGAAAUUUAAUUCUAAGUAAAAG